AAUAGUCACGAUCCGAAUAUUUAUAUUUACAACCCUGGGUGUUUUCAUAUAGCACCCUAGUCUGGGUCACCUCGUCUUGCCCGUCCGCCGCUGCGGGCGCCCUUCCCCACCUGUCCGCCGGGAGCGCAGAGCCCGAUCCCAUCUAAUCCCAUCCACCAUUCCACUGCUCGGGACCUAGCGUCACCAAGUUCCAUGAAUUGCUGCGGAACAGCUCGUGGUUUGGCUGCCGUUGCGUGGCGUUCCGGAGCUGCGACCUUGGGAUUCCGCAAAUCGAGGGCAUGGAAUCCUUCCGUUCUCUUCUUGUCUGUGUUAAAGAGUCGCGCUUCAAAAAAUGUGUUGGAGUCUUGCCACUUUUUUCUGUGCAGGGGAAACAAACGCUGGCAGAUUUGUGAUGGAAGAGAAAAAUGCGGCCGAGGGAUCCGCCUUGUUUGCUAUCAGUGAAGCCAUGCCAGCUAUUGUGCCCAACUGCCCAUGAAAUGGUGUGAAGCCUGAUGUCCUCGCCAAUCACUCUCAGACAAGCGCAAGGACGCAAGGUGUUCGUGGAAAUGCUUCUCAAGGAUCCGUUGUGUUUGCCGUCGUCUAGCUGCUCUAGUCUCAAGUGCAGAGUCAAAGGAGAGCAUGGAUGUCAUCAUCAAAGGAGACAGUAAAUGUAAUUCACGCGCCAGAUUGCUCUGGGCCUCCUGGGAUUUUUCUGGUGCUGCACCAGGUUCCAUUGCUAUGUUUGAGGUUCCAUCUUUGAUAAACUCAGUAUUUACUAUCAGAAUAACUCAUCGGACAGGAGUUGUGCUCAUCCAGCGAACCGAAGCCAAAGACCAGCCAGCCACUGAUCGUCGGAGGUAAUUUGUACUUGUGCUCCAGAACUGAUGGUCAAUCCGGUUGACAGCGUGCAGAAGAUCUUCAAAGUAUCACUACGAGCUUAGCAUCAUCUGAGCAGUCUUGGUUCUUAAGACUCCCAUCUCUUGCUUUGUGCAGGACUGCAGGCAAGGAAUUAGAGAUUAUAGUCAACUGCUGCGUGAGAGCAAGAUGGCCGAUAUUGCCUUCGGCAGCGUAGAGAAGAUUGUGAAGGUUGGGUUUGCAAUCAAGGAGGCUGUGGACAAGGUUCGCCAGAACAAGGAGGAGUGCCAAGAGAUUCAAAAGGUUGUGGCCAGAGUGAGCUCCAUCCUGUCGCAGCUCCAGCAGACGAACAUGCUGAAAGGCCCAGCGGUGGACGGCGCGCUGAUGGGCCUCGAGGAGACCCUUAACCGUGCCGUCAAGUUCGUCAUGGAGUGUCAAGAAGGGCACAUCGUUCGCCAUUUCUUCACCGCCUUGGACAUGUCCAAGGAGCUGCGCCGGAUGCAGGAUGAUAUUUCCCCGAAGAUGAUGCUGGGGCUAUUUGCCAUUAACGUCCACACCACCAUUAUUUUGACAAACAUUCAAUCUGCUGUUGCUUAUCCUCUGUCCACUCAGCCACAGGAUGUGCGUGUAGCGGAGACAUCCCAAUGCAGUCAUUCAUUAAUUGAUGAUGAUGUCAACAGAUCUCAAGUGAACACGAAGAAAAGCAAUGCACUAGCAGGAAGUGAGGUGUCCUCUCCUCUACUACCAGCUGCUGGUUCAAAAAUUUUCACUUUGUCAGAUUUGAAGAACGCUACUUGCAACUUUUCAGAAAAAACAUUAUUGGAAAAGGUGGCUCUUGUACUGUCUACAAGGGUGUAUUACAUGGCGGACUCGUGGUUGCCAUCAAGAAAUUAUUGUCAGCAGAUUAUAAACAACAUGAAAUGAAUUUCAUUUACAAUGGACCAAAGCUUCAGCACAAAAACGUUGUUAAAUGUCUGGGAUAUGGUGUAGAAAAGAAUGUGAACUGGAUUCGUUUGUACAAAAACAUUACAUGUGCAGAAAAGCUACCAAUUUGGGUUGAAGAGUAUGUGCCGAAUGGAAGCUUGGAGAAAUUUCUCAUCAAUGGUAUGUUUACACACAUUGUAAAUAGAUUACAUUACACUUCUUUGUAUUUUGAAGUAUGCUAUCUCUAAUUAAUAGCCUCUGCUCCAUUAUUAUAUAUUUUGAAGGACAUCAACUUGAUUGGUCAUGCUGCUUUCAGAUAAUUCAUGGGAUAGCCCUGGGGUUACACGAGCAACAUAUCGUCCACAGGGAUGUGAACCCAAGCAACAUCCUCCUUGUAACAGGCCAAAAUUGGGUCUGGCGGACAGUCCGCCUUUUUAGGGCCGGACAGUCCGGGGGUGGCAGACAGUCCGCCCGAGCUCGUCAAAAACCGUCCAGAACCUUAUCCAUUCGCCAGUUCGCCCCUUUCUCGCUCUCUUCUCCCUCCCUCGACCCCCAUGGCGACUGGUAGGCCCACCUAGGGUCCCUCCACCCUCGGGCCCCUCCUUUCUCGUCGGAGCUUCACCGGAGAACCACCGGAGCUCGCCGCUCAAGUGAAGAAAUCACGCUCGAUCUACUCCAACGUCGCUCUCCAACAAUUUGUGGCACCUCACCGGAGUUCUAACCAUCACCGGUGAGCUUAUCCCUCCCUCGAUUCAUUCUUAAUCGCUCUCGAUUUUGGAUCAAGGAAACCUAGGGUUCCAAAUUUUCAUUGAUGGGUUCGAGCUUUUAAAACUGGUUUCCAUUCAGAUCCAUCACUUGGAAUCACUUCUCUACACCUCUAGGAGUCUAUAGAAACAAACCACAUCCAAAACCAUGGCCGGAGCCGCCGCCGGCGAGCUCGCCAGUGAGCCUCCGUGGAGCCGCAGACAGUCCGCCCGUCAUUGGCGGACAGUCCGAGAAAUCCCAAAAUCCUCGCAGAGUCAUUUUGACUUUUCUGGGUACUUUU